GUGUGUGUGUUCUGGUAUUCAUCACGUUGUGGGGACAUGAAUCUGUUUACACAGUCACGUCAUGGGGACCUCUUGCGUUGUGGGGACCAAAAGUCAGGUCCCCAUAAGGGAAAGCCAUAUAAAUGAUUAGAGGAGCUGUUUUGAAGGUGAUGGGCGGAGUUUCAGCGAUGGCCCAUAACACACGUUUAUCCGUGAAUGUGUGAGUGUGAAGGGAGUGCUCAGCUGCGCCCCCAAACAUUUCUCAGCGGUACUGCGCGCGCUUCUUCACACACACGUUAUCUAUAUAUGGUAGGCCCCGCCCACUUCCUCGUCCUCAUUAGGAACGAUAUCAGCAGCAAUAUGAAAAUAUGCGUAUUAAGUGGACACUUCACACGGACAGACGAUAAGAAGACUUUACAGGAGAUACCGACUCGAGGAGAUUGUUUGAGAUUCGAGGAGAUUCUGAAGUUGUGCAGAGCAAAAAGUUAAAUAAAAGAUUGAAAUGCCACCACGAAUCAGCCCUCUUAAGGAUGCCAUGCAUCAUGUUGUCACGAAGUCUGACAAAACUAAAUUAGAGGUGAACUACAUCAAUGCGGUGAAAGGACGUGGAUUAUUUGCAAAAGGUUCCUUUUGCAAAGGAGAUUUUAUUGUGGAGUACAGGGGUGAGUUGAUCAAUUAUGCAGAGCUGGAGAGGAGAAGAAAACUCUACCACCCAUCCUGUGCUGUUUUUAUGUUCGAGUUUAAGUGGAGAGGGAAAACAUGGUGCAUUGAUGCAUCUAGGGAAGAUGGAUCAUUUGGGCGGUUAGUUAACGAUGACCACCAACAUCCAAAUUGUAAGAUGAAGAAAAUCGAUGUGAAUGGAAAGGCACACCUGUGUUUAUUUGCGCUGAAAGACAUUAAAGAAGGAGAAGAAAUCACAUAUGAUUAUGGGGGAGACGACUGCCCAUGGAGAACCCAAGAGAGCAGCAUUGCUGCUAAUAGCAGAGCAGCAGGUGACUCUGAUGCUUCUCUCCAGUCACAGACUCCAAUGGAUGAUGCUUCUCUCCAGUCACAGACUCCAGUGGAUGAUGCUUCUCUCCAGUCACAGACUCCAGUGGAUGAUGCUUCUCUCCAGUCACAGACUCCAGUGGAUGAUGCUUCUCUCCAGUCACAGACUCCAGUGGAUGAUGCUUCUCUCCAGUCACAGACUCCAGUGGAUGAUGCUUUUGGUCAAACCAGGUCUCCUCAACAGGAGAGUAGCAUUGCUGCUAAUAGCAGAGCAGCAGGUGACUCUGAUGCUUCUCUCCAGUCACAGACUCCAGUGGAUGAUGCUUCUCUCCAGUCACAGACUCCAAUGGAUGAUGCUUCUCUCCAGUCACAGACUCCAGUGGAUGAUGCUUUUGGUCAAACCAGGUCUCCUCAACAGGAGAGUAGCAUUGCUGCUAAUAGCAGAGCAGCAGGUGACUCUGAUGCUUCUCUCCAGUCACAGACUCCAGUGGAUGAUGCUUCUCUCCAGUCACAGACUCCAGUGGAUGAUGCUUCUCUCCAGUCACAGACUCCAGUGGAUGAUGCUUUUGGUCAAACCAGGUCUCCUCAACAGGAGAGUAGCAUUGCUGCUAAUAGCAGAGCAGCAGGUGACUCUGAUGCUUCUCUCCAGUCACAGACUCCAGUGGAUGAUGCUUCUCUCCAGUCACAGACUCCAGUGGAUGAUGCUUCUCUCCAGUCACAGACUCCAGUGGAUGAUGCUUUUGGUCAAACCAGGUCUCCUCAACAGGAGAGCAGCAUUGCUGCUAAUAGCAGAGCAGCAGGUGACUCUGAUGCUUCUCUCCAGUCACAGACUCCAAUGGAUGAUGCUUCUCUCCAGUCACAGACUCCAGUGGAUGAUGCUUCUCUCCAGUCACAGACUCCAGUGGAUGAUGCUUUUGGUCAAACCAGGUCUCCUCAACAGAUUGCAACCCAGAACCACAGUGAAAAUGAGAUUUUUGUGCCAAAACUGAGACGGACUAAAAGUGUCAUAAUGAAAGAUACAAAUCUUGAAGAUUCUGAUGAGCUCUUUGAUUCUACACCAGAGAGUUCCGAUGAUUAUGUUCCAGAUACCACUUCUGAAAGUGAAAGUGAUGUUAGCCUUACACUAAACCAGGCAAAACGUCGGCUUCUUGAUGAACUGGAUAUUGAUCAGUCUGGCUCAGUGAGUUGCCCUGAUUGUGACACCACAACGUCAGACAAAAUGCACAAUGUUGCGUCUGAAGCAUCUGGAACAGGAGAAGAACCCAGUUCAAGUCAGAACACAACAGACGGAAUAGUUGUUAGUGCAUACCAAAAAAGAGAUGGUGCUAGAGUGUACAACAAGAGACAUUACUGCUUGUACUGCAGUAAACCCUAUGCUAAGAUGGCAAGGCAUCUAGAAAGUUCACAUGAAAAUAAGUCUGAUGUGGCUAGAGCUCUAAGCUUUCCAAAGGGUUCAAAGGAGAGGAAAAACCAGCUUGAUUAUAUUCGCAACAGAGGAAACUAUGCUCACAAUGCAGCUGUUAUGGAGUCAGGAAAGGGCGAACUAGUGCCAUUUAAACGACCACGUAAAGAAGUGCAGGGAGAAGAUUUCAUGCAUUGUGCAUACUGUCAAGGACUUUUUACAAGAAAGGUCCUGUGGAGACACAUGCGUACUUGUAGACUUCAACCACAAUCAGACCCUCCCAAACCAGGAAAAAACCGUGUUCAGUCCAUGUGUACCUACACAGGGCCUGUGCCUUCAAACAUGACCAAACAACUGUGGGGAGUAAUCAGUGCCAUGAAUCCUGACCCAAUCACAGAUAUAAUAAAAAAUGACAGAGUAAUUACUGAUAUUGGGCAGCACUUGUUGAACAAAGGUGGGCUAUCAGAUAAGAAUAAACAAUGUGUGCGGGAGAAGAUGCGAGAACUGGGAAGAUUGAUUCACAAUGCCAGGAAAGUCACCUCCUUAAAAACACUGGAAGAUUGUGUAAAUCCAAAGAAGUACAUGGAGACCGUCAAAGCUGUUAAGUAUACAUGUGGGUAUGACAGUGAAACCGACAAAUUCUUGAUUCCAUCUCUUGCUAACAAGCUUGGGAAUUCCCUGGUUAAAGUAUGCAAACUCUUGAAAGCUCAGGGCUUAAUCUCCAAUGACAAACAGCUUGUGAAGAAUGCCAGUGAGUUUCAAGAAGUCCAUGCGAAUAAGUGGAACGAGAUGAUUUCUGCUACAGCAUUGAGGAAUAUCAGGGAAGCAAAGUGGAAUGUGCCCACGCUCAUGCCCUUUACUGAAGACGUACAAAAACUGCAUACUUUUCUCAGUCAAGUGCAAGAUGAGUGGUUCAACCUGCUCUCUGAAAGUCCAUCUACUAAAGCCUGGAUGGAGCUGGCCAAGGUGUGUCUAGCUCAGAUGAUUCUCUUUAAUCGGCGGAGAGAAGGAGAGGUGGCGAGCAUGCCUUUGUCUGUGUUUUUAUCAAGAGACACUUCUGAUCCACAUGAGGAUGUGGACUGGGCUCUCUCCGAAGUGGAGAAGAAACUCUGCAGACACUUCACAAGGGUUAUCACCAGGGGAAAGCGUGGUCGGCCAGUUCCAGUCCUUCUGACUCCAAAAAUGCUGUGUUCCUUAGAACUCCUUGUUAAGCAGAGAGAGGCGUGUGGGGUUUUAAAAGACAAUGCCUAUAUGUUUGCUAGACCAGAAGCCAUGACACAUUUCCGAGGGUCAGACUGCCUCCGUGGCUUUGCAAAGGCUUGUGGUGCAAAGUGUCCCAAGGCACUGACAUCUACCAGGCUGCGUAAGCAUGCCGCGACCCUUUCAACAGUGCUGAACAUGACCGACACCGAGAUGGACCAGCUGGCAAACUUUCUCGGGCACGACAUCAGAAUCCAUCGUGAGUUCUAUCGACUCCCUGAGAAGACCCUGCAACUAGCCAAGAUCAGCAAAGUUUUAAUGGCUCUUGAGCAAGGAAGAUUAGCUGAGUUCCAUGGCAAGAACUUGGAUGAAAUUGGGAUAGAUCCUGAUGAAAAAGUAGUUGACUGUGAUGAGGAAGAACAAGUUAAUGACUGUGAUGAGGAAGACCAGAGCAUACAAGAGGGACCCUGUUCAUCUACUGUUGACGCUUCAGCCGAGGUGGCACUUCCUGCUACCGAGAGGAAUAUGUCUCACACGAGAGGCAAACCAUCAUCAGAAGUGCCGAUGUCUUCAGGAGCCAGUGCUAUGAGACCACCUUGCAAAGGAUUAAAUUCAACUAGAAUUGGCUAA